AUGAACAACCAGAGCUGCCAGGAACGGUUCAUCUUGGUGGGUUUCUCCGACCGACCCAGUCUAGAGCAGAUCCUCUUUGUGUUUGUCCUCAUCUUCUACCUUGUGACCUUAGUGGGCAACAUCAUCAUUAUCUUGGUCUCCCGCCUGGACCCCAGCCUCCACACACCCAUGUACUUCUUCCUUACGAACCUGUCCUUCCUAGAUCUCUGCUUCACCACCAGUUCCAUCCCGCAGCUCCUUUUCAACUUGAGCGGCCCCAACAAGACCAUCAGCUAUGCAGGUUGUGCCAUCCAACUCUUCAUGUUCUUGGGGCUGGGUGGCACCGAAUGCGUCCUCUUGGCAGUCAUGGCUUAUGAUCGCUUCACUGCAAUCUGCAAGCCCCUUCACUAUUCUGUCCUAAUGCAUCCUCAGCUCUGCUGGACUUUGGUGUCUGUGGCUUGGGGGGUUGGGCUGCUCAACUCCCUGGUUAUGUCUCCAGUGACCAUGAAGCUACCACGUUGUGGAAGAUGUAGGGUGAAACAUUUUCUGUGUGAGAUGCCGGCUCUGAUCAAAAUAGCCUGUGUAGACACUGUUGCUGUGGAGAGCACAGUUUUCAUCUUAUCAGUACUGAUUGUCCUGGUGCCCUUGUCUCUAAUUCUCAUCUCUUAUAGCUACAUUGCCCUUGCUGUACUGAGAAUCAAGUCAGCCGCAGGAAGAAGGAAGGCUUUCAACACAUGUGGGUCCCAUCUCACUGUAGUCUCCUUGUUUUAUGGGAAUAUUAUCUAUAUGUAUAUGCAACCAGGUAAUAAUUCUUCUCAGGACCAGGGCAAAUUCCUAACCCUCUUCUAUAACCUGGUGACCCCCAUGUUGAACCCUAUUAUUUACACACUGAGAAACAAAGAUGUGAAAGGUGCGCUGAAGAGGCUUAUGUUUAAAAAAUAA